UUGGCUGGCGGCGGCGGGGGGGCGGGACCGGGCGAGGCGCUUUUGUUCGGGCGGCGGCGGCGGCGGCGGGGCCAUGUCGUACGUGCCGGGGCAGCCGGUCACCGCCGUGGUGCAACGAAUUGAAAUACAUAAGCUUCGUCAAGGUGACAAUUUGAUUCUGGGAUUCAGCAUUGGAGGUGGCAUUGAUCAGGAUCCUACUCAGAACCCCUUCUCUGAAGACAAGACCGACAAGGGUAUCUAUGUAACAAGAGUGACAGAAGGAGGCCCAGCAGAAGUCGCAGGACUUCAGAUUGGAGAUAAGAUCAUGCAGGUGAAUGGCUGGGAUAUGACAAUGGUGACCCAUGACCAAGCUAGGAAGAGGCUGACAAAAAGGAACGAAGAAGUGGUACGGCUGCUGGUGACCAGGCAAUCUCUGCAGAAGGCUGUGCAACAAUCCAUGAUGUCCUAAUCAAUCAUCAAGUCGGGGAAGGGUUUGGGAGGGAGAUGUAUAGACUGAUAUCAAGCAAGGAAGCAAAUACUAGACCUGAGCAGGUUGUCUGGAAAGGUGCAUGUUCCUAACUGUGGUAAACACUUUUUUUUCUUCCUCUGAUGUAACUGGCAGUAGUAAAACUCCAGUCCCCUCAGCAGAGGGCUUCUCUAAAGUCUUCCCUGCAGGUACAAGGAAGGACUUUAGCCAUGGCUUUCAGGAGGACAGGACAACCCCUAGUUACCUAAGGAAGCAACUGGAAAAGCCUUAACUUCAACUCGAUUCUUUUGUAGCACAAAAGCUUCCUAUUUUAAGAGGAAGUGUGGUUUCUGCUACGGAAGGUAAGAGGGUUUGCUGUGCUUAGGCUUUUAGAAGCAAGCCGUCCUGUCCCCCACCAUGCUAUCAAAUUAAAAUGCCAGGAUUAAGAGUUGCCUGCUGCUCUGGGGCGGAGCACUGUACUAAUCCCACAUUGCGUGCUAGCUAGACAGAGUGUGCAGAAGGGUCUGGGGCAUUACGGUUUACUUCAAAGAUUCCCUGUAUAAAGCAGCCUCUUCAGACAAAAGACAAACAAGAAACAACUAAGUAACACAGGAGUGUAAGAUUAAUGCCUGUGAAGUACACUAGAAGUUCUUAAGACACUACGGUUCAACUUCACUGUCAGAAUAAAACCUUACUUGGGAACAAGGAGAAUUAAUUUGUAACAUCAAGUGAAUCAAGUUUAAUUUAAAGGAAUAUGGAGCAUGAAAGAAAACACUGUUGCUGAACUUACCGAAAGAGCUGCUUGUAGCUACAGUGUCUUCAGUUCUUUCUUCCACUUGUAUCAGACUUGAAAUGGGAGGGGUGGAUUUUGGUCUGUCUUGUAGAUUUUGCUUAAAAUCACUGAUUUAUUGGAUGGAAGAGAUGAAUAUGCCAGUAAUGUGCAAAAGUGCCUCUUGACCAAAUUUAAACUCUGGUAAGAUACCAAGUUGUUUAAAUCAUCACGCCACAGGAUUUAAGAUCAUUGCUGCAACACUAAAUUAAUUAUCUAGCAUCCUCGUGGUUUGUUAACCAGCUAGCUUCACCCAAAAACUGGAGUGCCUAAUCCCCUUCAGUUGAUUUAUACAUAUCUCUACUUUCCUUAGGCAGUCUUCAGGUAAGCUGUUGUAAAUAGAACACGAGGAGGUGGCAGACUAACUUAUUCAGUACGUUACUGCUGUGCCGUGUACUUUGUUGUGAUGAACGCAUCUCAGACUGUUCUAUAUGCACCAGCGGAUGCCUAAUUACCAUUUUUAUAUCUCUGGAAUUGCUACAAAUACUGCUUUUGAAUUUUGUAACUUCAGGAUUCAGUGGUAAAUUUUAAGGCUUUCAAGUUGAAGUUAUUUUUGUUACUAUAAGAUACACUGCUAUUUGUACUGCUAUUUCACUUGAUUUUACACACAAUAAAACAAAGUCAGAUUUCCUGA